AUGUCUUUUAGUCCAUGGCUCCGUCAGAACGCUGAUGUUAGCGUGCUACAUGAAUCCCAGAUGCUUGUCAAUGCACCUGCCGAUGUCUCGCAUCCUCAACGUCAACGACAGGGUAUUGGCGUCCUCAUCUGUUUGUUGACACCCCGAAGUCCUAGUGAUCGAAGAGGCUGCCUCUAUUAUUGCUCUGGCCGCGAAGAUAUGUUUGGAUGCAUGAAGCCGCCUGGAAUGAGGCGCUCAGCCUGGUUGAUUAAAGGACGGAACCUUUCGUUAUCGACGUUUUUCGAGAAUGGGUUGCUCACCAGGACAUAUUUUGCAAACGAAGCCUUUUGGACGUCGAGAGAAACAGGUCGUCUGGUGGUCAUCAAAGUAUUCCUUCACAGGCUUCACUCCAUCAAGUACUACCCUUCCACACCCAUCAAACUCUCCCGAACCUCAUGUCCGUUAGGAACACUCGAGCCUUUCAAUCGUGUCAAGAAUGAAGGAAAAGAUGUGUACCACUCGGACAAAUAA